UGGAGCCAAACAAGCGCGAUGCAUAAGAACCGGAAAAAAAUUAGAAAAGAAAAAAAAACAUUGACUCCUUCCUCAUCUUCUUCCUCUCCAUUUCUCCUCCAUCCUUACUCCAAUCAUCCCAAACUAACUUCUCAAAUCAUAUUUUUCCUAACACAAAUUCGUAACAGCUUAAUCAGCAUCAUCAACAAAUAACCAUUAAAGGAUAAAAAAAAAUCUUGAUUAACGUCAUAAUUUUUAUAUUUUGGCAUACAUACAUUAGUUAGAUCAUAAAACAACAACAAUGUCGUGGCUAAGAAGUGCUGUGAACAGAGCUGUAGAAGCCGGAGAGAAGACGACGAACAUUACGCGAACUGUCCGUAGUUAUGCUGACUCUGUCGUCGUUCAUGCUGGCAAUGCUGUCGCUGAAGGCGCCAAGAUUAUUCAGCAUCGCAUUGGGGCAGGGAAUUCGAAAAGCUUUAGGCUGACAGUGAAAAGAUUAGAGGAAGUAUCAGUGUCAUGUAGAGGAAUUGAAAGGGUUCAGUUAUUGAGAAGAUGGCUGGUUGCACUUAAAGAAAUUCAGAGACUAUCUUCGUUUUCUGCUGCUAAUUCUGUUAUAAUUGAAAAAAUUGAGAAGAAUAAUUGUGAUGAUCGGCUAAUUAUUAUCUCUGAUGAAGCCAAGGAUUCUCCUAGAAAACCCACUAUGGAUUAUUACGUGGACCCUGAUCUUGGUACAAUGAAUUUCCAUGAUCUUUUUCUUUACAGUCAAGCUCUUGAAGGCAUUACAUUGUCAAUGAUUCUUGAAGCACCAAAUGAGGAAGAAGUUUCGUUGCUUUUGGAGAUAUUUGGGCUGUGUCUUGCAGGAGGAAAAGAAAUUCACAAAGCAGUUAUGAGCAGCAUACAGGAUUUGGCAUCGACAUUCUCUAGCUAUGAAGAUGAAGUACUGAUAAAGCGAGAAGAGUUGCUCCAAUAUGCUCAAGGCGCAAUUGCUGGAUUGAAAAUAAAUGCUGAUAUUUCAAGAAUAGAUGCUGAAGCCUGCAGUCUAGUAGAAAAACUUGAUAAAAUGAAGGCAUUCCAUCAAUCACCAAAUGACGACAGACAACAAUCAUCUGAAGUAACUACUUCCGCAAUGACAAAGGCUUUUGAAGACACUGUUGGACAAAUUGAACUGUGUUCCACAUUGGAGGCACUUUUAUUAAAGAAGAAAUCCUUGAGCAAUGGAGAUACUCCUAAGAUACAUGCUGAGAAGGUUGAUAAAUUGAAAGUUUUAUCAGAAUCUCUUCUUAAUUCAACAUCAAAAGCUGAACGACGUAUUUUAGACCACAGGUCUCAGAAAGAAGAAGCACUCCAUUUUCGGGUGACUAAAUCCAGUGAAGUUAGCCAGCUUGAGAAGGACUUGGCAGUUGAGAUUAGAGAACUUGAGAAGCAAAAGGAAGAUCUGGCAGCUGAAUUAAAGAAGGUCAGUAACUCAUUAAACGUAACUCGGGCUAGGCUUCACAACGCGCGGGAAGAAAGAGAACAGUUUGAUGAUGCCAGUAAUCAGAUUCUUGUGCACCUGAAAAACAAGGAAGAUGAGCUCUCAAAAUCGAUAUCUUCAUGUAGAGUAGAAGCAGAUGUCGUAAAUACAUGGAUAAAUUUUCUAGAAGACACUUGGGCCUUACGCACCAAAUUUAACCAAGAAAAGGAAAAGCAGGUCAAUGUUGAGUUGGAGAGGUAUCAAGAUCAUUUCAUGAAUUUGGUUAUUCAUCUUCUUACGUCUUACAAGGAAGAGUUGGAGCCUUCCAUCACCCGUAUCAGAGGACUUGUUGCCGAUUUAAAAGCGUUUCAAGGGUCGGAAAAACCACCUUCGGCAAAGGCUGAAGAUCCUAAAGAAAGAAGCCAAAGAAAAAAUCUAGAAAAAGAAUACCUGAAUUUGGAAGUCAAAUUCUUAACCUUUCUAAGCAUGAUCAAUGGCGUAAAAGAGCAGUAUCACAACGGAAAGAAGGGCACUUCCAGGAAAGACAAUGAAACGGUGGAAAAUUUAUUUGAUGCGCUUGAGAAAUUAAGAAUUGAGUUCGAGUCGAUGGAAAGACCAGUUCUGGAAGUUGACACUCCAAUACAAAGAUCACAUUCACUAUCCAGCUCCCCUGACAGUCCAUCUGAUAGUUCGAAGCCGGAAUCAGAUAUUCCACAAAUCAAAACUGAAACAUCCGAAGGUAACGGAGAAAAGGCACAAUCUCAGGUGCAACUUGAGCAAUUCGAACCUGAUGACACGGACUACUUGCCAGAAGAGAUUGGUGAAUGGGUGUUUGAUGAGCUUGAAAAGGAACUGAAAGCAUCUAGCUGACCACUAGCCAUGUUUUUGGAUGACUUAAUCUUGAUACGAUGAGGUAUUUCGACAUGUUCAUAUAUAGUAAUAGUAGGUUUUUUUCUUGAUAGGUUGCAAGUUCUAUAUGUAAUUAUAAGCUGAAUGCCAAAAUAGCUCUCUGCAAGUUUACUAAGGCAUUGGAGCUGAAAGAACUAUAGAUCAAAAGUUUGUAGAUCUAUGGUUAUGUAUAUUCUCUACUUGGACAAUGCAUAUAUAUCCACACAUAUAUAGGUA